AUGCAUCUCUUUGGUGAGAGCGAGGUGCAAAAUUACGAUAUCCUGGCUAUCCAGGAACCCUACAUCAACAAACAUACCGACCCACUAACAACAUACUCACUAGCGCUCAAGGGCAGCUUCCAUAUCCUACUGCAGCCCACACCCAAGGAAGAAUACAAGAAACGCCCACGAGUCUGUUUCUACGUCAAUAGAGGGCUAGAUCCAGCCACAUGGGAGGUCCAAUACCAUAAUAGAGAUCUGAGCACAUUGACACUUCAUACAGCCGCCCAUGGAACCAUCCAUAUUCACAAUAUAUACAAUCCAGGAGUCAAUAGCAACAAGGAAUCUGUAAUUAGCGCCCUGCAAACCGCCAUGGCACCUAGGGCGCAGCAUAUUGUAUUGGGGGACUUCAACCGACAUCACCCGCUGUGGGCGGGCCCGCGGUACCGACAUGUUGACGAGGAGGCCACUGAAUUGAUUAAUCUUAUGGAUAAGCAUGGGCUCGAGCAGCUCUUGCCACUAGGCACGAUCACGUACGAGAGGGUUAACGCCAAAUCUACAAUUGAUCUGGUGUGGGCAUCGCACAAUCUAGCCAACCGGGUAGUGAGCUGCGACACCAAGCCAGAGUGGUGGUACGGAGCAGAUCAUGUCCCAAUCUCCACUCAAUUUAACCUUACAGCUAUACAUUGGGACCUCUUCCUUAAACUGAUGGACAUAUACAAUUGGCACCCAAGGGAGCUCAAUGAUAAUGAGGCGAUCAAUGAGGCGAUCCGCUAUCUAGUUGAGGCAAUCAAUCAGGCAGCUGAGCAAGCGACACCUACAAAACAGAUCAGCAUCUACUCACGAGCGGGCUACACCCCAGAGAUGGCGAAGCUUAAACACCACGUAUCUAGGUGUAGACGACACGCACGUCGUAUAAAUACAGAUCAGGCAUGGGAGGACUACGCAGAGGCUAGGAAAGAGAUGAAACGGCGCACCAAUGAGCUCGCACGAGAUCUACAUCGCCAACGAAUUGAGCAGGCAACAGAGUCAAUAGAUGGAUUCUGGAGAAUUGCCCGUUGGGUCCGCAAUAGGGGCAAACCACGUGCCACGUUUACCCCAACGUUACACUACAAUAACACGAGUUACACAGCCCCAAAGGAGAAAGCAGCCCUAUUCCGAGAGGUCCUCCACCCAGAGCCCCCGGAGGCAGAUCUGUCAGAUAUUGGGCCACAAUAUAGAUAUCCCAAACCGUAUACGAUGCUACCAAUCACGUUAGACGAAGUCCGAACGGCAGUAACCAACGUGAAGCCCGACAAAGCACCAGGGCCAGAUGGAAUCCCUAAUCUGGUCCUACAAAGGCUGCUCCCUACUAUCGAGGCCUAUCUCGUUAAUCUCUUUAAUGCAUGUCUACGUCAACAAUACUGCCCUGACCAUUUCCGAAAGUCGACAACAGUCAUCCUUCGCAAGCCUGGAAAGCCUGAUUACUCUGAUCCAAAGGCGUACUGCCCAAUAGCGUUACUGAGCACGAUUGGCAAAGCACUAGAAUCAGUGUUAGCCAGACGUCUCAGCUAUCUAGUGGAGCAAUAUAAUCUUUUACCAAAGCAACAUAUUGGAGGACGUCGCGGCCGCUCAUGCGAACUAGCAAUCCAUCUCUUACUAGAAGAGACCCAUAGUGCGUGGAGAGAGGGCUCACGAGUAGCCUCAGGGCUUGCACUUGACGCGGCAGGGGCUUUUGACAACGUCAAUCAUAUAAGGCUGAUACACGACCUACGAAAGCGCCAGGUGCCAGAUGACCUGAUUGGCUGGAUUGAGAGCUUUCUAAGUAAUCGCCGCACGUCAAUCACACUCCUAGAGGGCAAUAUAGGGGAAUUUCUAGUUAAUACAGGCAUUCCACAGGGCUCCCCAUUGUUACCAAUCCUAUUCCUAUUCUUUAAUGCAGAUCUUAUUGAGCAGAUACUCGCCGAGUGCCCGGACGUGAUUGUACUUGGAUAUAUUGACGACAUCUUCAUCAUGACAUAUGGGACCUCCGCCGCAGCCAACUGCCACACACUCACCAAAGUACACCAGGUUGCAGAGCGCUGGGAGAGGACACAUGCCUCUAAAUUUGCGCCUGCCAAAUAUCAACUUACCCACUUUUGGCGGAAGCACCAAAUGGUGCCUAAGCCGAGUGGUAGGCUGGAUGUACCUCUCAUAAUCAAGGGAGUAGAAAUUAAGCCUACGGACUCAAUCAAAUAUCUAGGAGUUUAUCUGGAUACCCACCUCACUGGGGAAGUGCACGUACAGGAGAUGAGAAAGAAGGCUGCAAAACUGGUGGCGGGAUUAAGCUCAAUCGCAGGAUCGACAUGGGGAACGCCCCUGGUUCAUCUAAGGAAGAUAUACACGGCUGUCCUCCAACCACAGAUCAUGUACGCGUGCUCCACGUGGUAUAUACGAGGUGGAAGAGGGUUCACCGGUGCGCAGCGAGCUGCAGAGCAAGCCAUCCGAUCGAUCCAGGAUCAGGCUCUUCACCAGAUAUCCGGCGCGUUCAAACGUACGUCACGACAGGCCCUAGAGGUCUGUCUCCAUGUACCACCUGCAGAGCUCACGCUCGCAAAGCUGGCUGAGGAGGCCUGCCUGCGGAUCAUGACCUCACCACUUCGAUCUACGCUUUACCAAAUACGUGGCCAAGCCCACUGUAACGACCCAUACACGUCGCCACUUCAUCGAUUGGAAACAGCCAUCGACCGCAAACUGGGGAGUGAUACUAGCCAACGCAUCGAGACAAUCUACCCCUUUGUAGUGCCACCGUGGUGGGAGCCACCAGAAGCAAGGAUUGACGAUACCCGUGAGGAGGCUAUCAAGGCUAUUGAAGCAAUCUCAGGAACAGAUACAACAAUACAGUUCUUUACCGAUGGGAGCGGCUUUGACAAUGGGAUUGGGGCAGCGGUCUACUCAUCAAUAGGACAGGCUUAUAAGCCAGUAGGCUCAUCUAACACACAUACUGUUUAUGCAGGGGAACUGGAGGGAAUCGAUGCGGCAUUGGAAAUCCUACUCCGAAGCCAGCCAUGCGAUGACAACCCACACGAAGCCACAAUCUACACAGAUAAUCAAGCCGCAAUACGCGCCACGUGCCAGCCAGGGCGGUCCUCUGGGCAGUAUAUCCUUCGACGGAUCGUACGACACCUGGGCCUCCUACGCGACAACCGAUCUCGAUGGCGUAGUAACCAUGUUGAUUCGGCUUGGAUGGAUCAGCCACUUGACACGUUGGAAAUAGAACCGGGCACCAAAACAUAA